AUGAAUACUGUGUGUCCUGGCUUCGUUCCCCAUCACGUGAGGCCUAACCGUUGUCGUAGAUGUUUCAAAGAUAUCCAUGACCAUAAUACGAACAAUGAAGUAUCAACUACGUUCACUCUUCCCUUGCCCCGACGUCGAAGGGAAUCAGUGGCGGUCACAGAGACACCCAAAUCAGAAGUGUCCUCUGAGGUAGACCAGUCUGCUAGCUUUACCAUUACAGAGACAACUUCUUUAGGUCGACGCACUCGACAAAGAUCAUCAUCCACAUCUAGUUGGUUCGAAGAGAAAAAAAUCAAUUUAGAACAAAAAGAAAAAAUAGAUUCCUUAUUCCGAAACGCAGACGAUUCGCGAGCCAGCUACAAAAGUACAGAAAUUGCUAAUGAUACAGACGAUAGAAACGUUGAAACUGUGGCAGUCAUACGCCUUCCUGAUUCGUCAUCGAGGAGAAGGCAAAGAGAUAGUUAUGAAUCACAAGACAAAACAAAAACGGAAACUUCUAAAUCUCUAUCAGCCCCUGAACCGAAAGGUCAGGAAAAUUCUACGACAAAUUUCACAAAGCUUUCUGAAGUGCGGCUGCGCAGUAGAUCAGCUGCUGGUAAGACCGAAGAGCUCGAAAAGCCUCCACAGCUGCCACCUAAAACAUUAGAAAAUCGUUUUGAUUUAUUGAAAAAAACUGCCGACAAAAAGAAUAGUGAAAAUAAAGCUGAGGAAACUAAACAUUCAUCUUUGAAAUUAGGUCCGAAAACAACCGAAAAUGAAUCUCUAGGCAGAAGCAGUAGUUUUAGGUCAAAAUUUGAAUCCCAGAUUUCAGAAAAUCGUGAUUCUAAAACAACCGAAAAGAAAGCAUUUGAAUCUAAAUUCGGAGAAAGAAGGCCGGUUGAAACUAAGUUCGGUGAAGUGAGACUUAGAGACACAAAAUUUAGCGAAAUUAGAGCCCGUGCUUCGAAAUUCGAAGGGGCAACAGAUUCUAAACUUAAAGACAAAACUGAGAUUCAACUAUCUGAGGCUAAGGCGUUAAAAACUACAGACACUAAGUUAAAGGAAGAAAAACUAGAGGUGUCUAAAACAGACAGCAAAGUUAAAGACACUAAAUCCGAUAUUGCAAAUAAAAUUGAGCUUCCAAAGACUUUAGAUAAAGCUAAGUUAGACACAAAGAAAAAUGAAACAGUGGAUAAUAAAUAUACAAAACCGGAUGCAUCUAUAACUGUUGACAGUAAACCAAAGGAAACAACUAAACCUGUCUUGGCCAGGUUUGGUAGUUUUAAAUCUCCGGAAGCUGUUAAGGUUCAGCCUGUCGUCGUCGCAAAAGCCAAAGUUCCUUCAUCUUCUAGCAGUGAAGAAGAAUCAGAAAGUGAAGAAUCAGAUGAACCACCUCCUAAACCUAAACCUGUUACAUCCCAAAAAGAGGUGGAUAAAAAAAUCACAGUUUCGUCCUCCAUAUCUAAUGCAACCACUGCUCUAAAAACGAAACCGAAAAUUGAACCGACCAAAGAGGAUAAUUCCUUAAAUCAG